AUUCAGAACAUUAGCAACCGCCCACCACCGCCCUAAGCCCCUAACCCUCACGCAACUGCCUCUUUGCGGCGGCGGGAAACACUGACACGUCUUCCGAGCACGGUCGGAGGAGCUAGGGUUUCGCCGCGGCGAGAUGUCGGCGUACGACGAGGUGGAGAUCGAGGACAUGGAGUGGAACGCGGAGCUGAAGGCGUACACGUACCCGUGCCCCUGCGGCGACCUCUUCCAGAUCACGCUCGACGACCUCCGCCUCGGGGAGGAGAUUGCGCGCUGCCCCUCGUGCUCCCUCUUCCUCACCGUCGUCUACAACGCCGAGGAUUUCGCCGACUCCAAGGAGCCGACCCACAAGCCGUCCCCGAGCCCAGUCGCCGUCGCCUGAUGUGGCCCGUUCGAGGCUAGAUGGACGAAUGGAAUGGAUCUCGGAGCAGGAAAAAAGGAACGAGUUCAUGUUUGACACACACACCACUACGGGAGUAUUUGUUUGUACUACUAAAGAUGAGUGGACCCGCUGCAUAUUUUCAAAGCUCAGGCUGUUAAACCUAUUUUUUUUUAUGUGGGUGACAUAGUUGUAAGGUGACAUGGACAACUCAUGCUAUGAAAAAUUUUGUUCGUCCCCACUAUAUAUCGUUGACUGUGGCCUUGACAAAUUUGAAACCCGAUCGAUUCUUCGGUGAUAAAUUCAUUUAUGUUCCACC